AUGGACAUACCGACCAGAGGGCAAGUAACAAUGCGUUUAACAAAGGGUCAAGAUGAUGCAGUUCCUUAUGGUGAAGUAAAUUGCCCUGUGAAGGAGACAUUCCUAAAAUAUUCCGGCCAUGGGUGUUGAAUUUUAGGGUAAGGACACCUUAACUGUCCGUGCAGACGCAGACUGAACAUUGUCUUUACAGAUUGCUUAUAAGGCCUUGUGGAGUUCACUGAACGGAUCGAAAGGGAGUAGCACAACUUCUCUAAGAACCAUCUUACAGAUCGAUCCAAAAGGGAAAAAUGCACCUAGCAGAAGUGGAAUCCUACUCGCCAGAUAUAUGUUGUGGCAAGAUCCGCAAAUAAGCUCUCCAUGAUUUGAAAGGAUAACUGGCAGACUAGCCACAUGACAAAGGUGCCCCUGCAGUGAAAAUCAAUGAACCCAGACAAAAUCUGUGCUUGUCCUACUCACUGAAAACAAAAAAACGGCUGUUCAAAUCAUUGGAUCAAGUCCAGCACAGAGGAGAGAAGAUUCAGAUGUUCGAAUAAGGGCAAAGAGAAUAGCUGCAGUAACGUUUGUCAAGUGCAUUUGUCAGGGAAGUCUCAGCUAGUAAAGAACGAUAGUGAAUCAUAUUGGCAGCACAAAUUAAGCUGAAAACCCAUAUGAACCCAGGGAAAUUACAGCUGCCCCAAACAAAUCUGUAAUGGGAAUCUACCAGGCCCGCAUUAGUAAUAUGGAAUUAAAGUUCUUAAAGUCAUGAUAUUCCUUGCAUGCCUCAAGUCCACCAGGAGGGCAUUUAAUGAGAAUAUGACAGCCGUCCUUGCUCCCCAGCAGCAAGGAAACUGCCAAAACUCGUCCAUAUCCAACAUUUUUUUUUCUUAACGUCAUCCUGAGUCUAGGGCAUAUGACGUGACACGCACUCACUCCAAACCUGGAUGGUCAACAAGGACUUGGCAGACUUCAUUAACGAUGGAGCAGAAUCUCGCCUCUGAAUAAUUAUUCCAUGCAUUCUCCCACCAUCCAGUGUUUCUGGUCAACCGACGAAAGGAGCGAGACACAGUAGUGAUGCUGAAGAAAACAAGCAUUCGAUACUUUCCUCCUCCGAGCAACUAGGUGAUUUAAUGUCAUUUGCAUGUUAAGGCGCCUUAUUCUAUACUUUCACGGAUGACAUUACCGAUGAGAAAUUCUUCUGAGUUCUUUCAAGCGCUAUUUUCCGAAAACUCCUCCAUAUAGAAUCCUCUUGGGUUCAUAUCACUAACCGCUGACUGUAAUGGUUUUAUUUGUUGUACGGCAUUUUGGUUCGACUGCAUUAGGUUCGACGUCUGAAUCAACUGUCGAACUUCAUUAUUGGGGUUGACCCAAAUAGAGUACUAAAGUGAUGACGUCAUAAAAAUGAAAUUUCUGAAAUUAUGGGAUUUGUCAGGAUAUUCUGAUAGAACAAUGUCCAAGAGGCCUACUUGCCAAAAAUGAGCAAUUCGGGCAAAUUGUCCCUGAGAUAUUAGCCCAGUUAUGCUUCAGAAAAUUCCAUACAAACCCUUCUAAUUUUUUUGGGUCGACCCCCAAAAAUUUAGAAGGGUUUGUAUGGAGUUUCGGAGCAUAUCUGGGCUAAUAUCUCAGAGACAAUUUGCCCCAAAUUGCUCAUUUUUGGCAACUAGGCGUCUUGGACGUUGUUCUUUCAGAAUAUCCUGACAAAUCCCAUAAUUUCAGAAAUUUCAUUUUUAUGACGUCACACUUUAGGUACUCUAUAGGUGUUAGGUUCGGCACAUGUUAAGUCGGACGUUUGAACUGGGCCUAAGGAACUAGCGCAGAAAUUCCAUACUGAUGACGCGUCACUAUCUAGGUCUGGAUACCGUUCUGAUUGGCCUUUGCCGCGAGAAAUAUUGUUUCAACCAACGAGAGGCACAACCCAGAUGAGGGUGGUGACAUCGUUAUGGAAUCAGUAUGGAAUUUCUGCAGUCGUUCCUCGUGCAGACGUCAUACGCGGCGAAACCAGUGGUGGCGUCGCGAAAUAUCGACUGUUUUCUCAGGCUGAUUUUUUAAAUAUGAUUUUUGACAAUCGACUAUGAUACAUGUAGGUUCCAUAAAAUACAAAGCCAAUGUAUUGAACCAUGCAAUACAGAAACUCUACAGAACCAGUCAAAAUAUCCGGGAUAUAACGAAAACACAGAUUCCUAACUCAUAACUCCCUUUUUUUUUUCAAGAAAAAACGCACUACUCCGCAUUCAAGAGUAGGUCUUAAAGGCAACAAUGAUUUGCUGAACAUGCAGAACUCGGGUAUAUAAAGAAUGAAAUAUUCAUUUUAUCUUACUUUAUUUUUUGUAAGGAGCCUGUUGUUUCUGAAACAAUUUUCCUCUUAUCAUAUGCUUUUGACUUCGAUGAAUUAAGUAUGAGUUGGUUUCUGAUGGACGUGACACUUUUGCCAUUCAGUAAAUCUGCUCAUUUCACUCGUGUAUCUUUUCUGCUUAGCAAGAUAGCUUAACAGGCCACAAUACCCUGUCCAAAUCCAGUCCUCUCUUAUGCCCGGUCUCCUAAACGUUUGGAUCACUGGAUUGAAGAUGCCGAAGAAAAUAUAUGGGGUAGUUUCUAAAGAGUUUAAUGGUGUUGUGUGCAUGGGGGAGUAAUUGAUUUUAUCAUCCACUGAGGGAUGACGUAAAUGGUAACCAUGAAAGAUGGUUUUUCAAGAGUAAUCCGCUCUUGUUCAGAGCCACUGAAUGUCAUAUAAAUAUAUAUGUUCGAUUUUUUGGUGUUGGUUUAACUGUGCAUCGCCAGUCGGUGUAAUGCUAGAGCCAUCGAAUAUUAUAUAUGGUAAGUUAAAAUUUUAUCCAUAAAAAAAGCACCGUCAGUUACCCUCAACAUGCCUCUCGAAUAAAGAGUUGAGAACGUGUUUUGAUGCGUCCAAUUCAUUUCCCUAAAUAAUAUCAUGCAGUAAAACAAAACAAAAAAAAGAAAAAAAAUGAGAGGAAAUCUAGGCAAUCAAGCAGGUGAUAAAAGCUCGCUGUUGUUUUUGUUUUCAGUGAAAUGCAUGGCGGUUUUGAAACACGAAAUUUUUUUUCUGCGCAUUUGAAUGCAUUUUGGCCACUGAGAUCUGUGAGAAAGAAUAAAAGAAGUUCAUGUCUUCAAUUUAUGCCGAGUUACAAUUAAGGCACAUGAAUUAAUGUAUACUGCCGCCCCGUUGGGUUUUAGCGUGUAUGUGUAAAAUGAAGAUUUAUUCAACCUACUUGUGUUUUUAAGCGACCAGUCAUGUUUUGCUCAAAAUUGCAGUGUUGAGAAUUCUAAUAAACCAGGAUUUGGUCCAAAGAAAUACGCGAUUAUUCUUUGCAUCAAAUGUGCGCUGCAUUCAAAAGUUAACGUAAAUCGGUCGAACCAAAACUCAUCGUCAAACGAUAUUAGCAUUUUCAAUUCGUUUUGUGGAUUCAUAACUAUAGGCACAAUGAAAAACCAUCCAAACUGAGUAUUUUUGUGCGAUUAAACGGUUUUCACUCAACUAACAGGAAAUAUCAUACAAAUACCCGGCAUUGUUUUUUCCCAUUUAUGAGGAAAGUAGCUAGUAGCUCUUACCCGGCCUCACAAAGACCAUCUCAAUUAGCCUCUCAGUUUUCGGAGCUCUCCGGUCAUUAUUUAUUCAAAAGCAAUUCGCGCUUUGAGUUACAGCGAUUAAUAAUCUAGCAAGAAAGAAGACACCUAACUCCACGCAAUAUUCCUUUAUUGCCUUUGGUACCGAGAUCAAUGCUUGCAGUGACACUGAGUUUGUUUUCUGUGUCAAUUAUUGGCCGUCUUGUCAGUUGCCUAUAUAUCCACUUCUGUUCGGUCGUGGCUUUGGCUCAAAAUUAAAUCUCUAGUGGACCAGUAUCAACAAAUCGGAUGGCAGGCAAAUUGUUGGCACUGAGAUAGAAGCCGGCUCUGAACACAUGAAGGUAAUGAUUGUUUUCAUUCAUAUUUUUUUAGCGUUUGCGUGGAAAAGGAAUAAUCGGAUAUAACGGAUUCCUGGGGCUAAAAAGCUACGAAAAAAGGCUCAAAAUUAUCGGACACUAAAUGCUAACUUUCAACGUUUGUUUAUUUGUACAUCCAGCAAAAUACAUUUCAUCAAGAUGACCAUAAAAUCUUUAAUCAUAAUUGUGUAAAAGUGCGAGAGUUCAACGUUCGAAACUGUUAUUGGCAAUUUUAUGUAUCAUCUAAAGCAAAAACUCCUCUAUACCUAAUUAAAUGUCGUUGUUUUACGAUCAGGCUAGUUUGACAGCGUUUACUUUGAAUAGGGUAUUUAGUUAUUCGUACUCGCAGAUGAAAUGAGUAGAAUCCGGCGUGUUUAGUUUUAUUAAAUACUUGUAAAGCAAUCUUAUCAGUUUUUAUCCCAUGAUUCUGGAGUCAAAUGUUUGAUGGCCGGUUACGUCGAUUAUUUGUGAGUUCUAGUGAGUGGAAUUAAAGUUGACGGAAUUUUUGUGAGCAAACGAUGUCGAUCAAGCUAAAGACCGACAAAAGCCCUCGUCGAAACAAACAAUAUACAGGUUAGACAUUCGAUUAGUACAUAUUUUCUUUUCCGUUUCUAGCUUUCUUAGGGCAAUCACACCGAUUCUAUCGACUGGAUAUGGGUUUUCCCGUUUAGGGAGAAAACUUAGCUAUAUAUCAACAUGGCACAAAAACAACAACUGAGAUGCAAUCCUCGACGUGUCACAAAAUUAAUGCAAAAAGACUGAGUCAAGCAGUUACUGUUUAGUAAUCUUGCUGUUAAGCCGGUGACCUGAGUACGGCGGUACAUGAUAGUAGGACUAGCUAUAGCGCAUGGAACAAGUCUAAUAAGCGACGGUAGCGAUGAAUGGUAGUUUAGUAUCUGGUCAAGUUCCUUCUCAUGGCUACAGGACUGUUUAUGUUUUUUUUCAGUUUUCGGUAAUUAUUAAUAGUAUUUCCCGUCAUCAUCCACUCUUUCCUCUCAAAGGGUCUGGCGGAUGGCCAUGUUUUAGCUAAUUUCAAGGCAGUAUUUACCUUGAAAUCAUCCGCUACCCUUUGCAGUCUUGCUAUGU